GCUGCUGCUGGACAGGAACGGAAAUGAUAACAACAAAAUACUUGUUUCUGCUGAUACUGAUUACUGCGGGCUUUGCGUUCAUUCUACUGUACAAUUGGUUCUCGACAAAGGUCAUCUUAGCCGAUAAGCAGCUUACGAUUCAUCUCGCUGAUGGUAACAAUGAGCAUCUGAUACACAGCAACGUCAAUCAUUGGCAAACGGCCACGGCAAAGGUGGAUGACAGCACAACCUACCGGAACUACGAUGAACAAAUUGUGAUAAUUUACAACCGGGUGCCGAAGACAGGCAGCACCAGCUUCGUCAACCUGACGUACGAUUUGUGCAAAAAGAAUGCAUUCCACGUACUGCACAUUAACAUUACCGCCAACAUGCAUGUACUGUCCCUUCCUAAUCAGCUUAAAUUUGUGCGCAACAUAACCGCAUGGGACAGUAUGAAACCUGCCUUCUACCAUGGACACAUGGCUUUCUUAGAUUUCUCAAAAUUCAGUAUGCCGUCGAAACCACUGUACAUAAAUCUUAUUCGGCAGCCGCUCGAUCGGCUAGUAUCGUACUACUAUUUCCUACGCUAUGGUGACGACUAUCGACCGUAUCUGGUCCGGCACCGGGCCGGCGAUACGAUGACAUUCGACGAGUGUGUCGCUCGCCAGAAGCCAGACUGUGAUCCCACGAACAUGUGGCUACAGAUACCGUUCUUUUGCGGCCACCAUGCCGAAUGCUGGAACCCGGGCAGUAGCUGGGCACUCGAGCAAGCGAAGCGUAAUCUCGUCAACGAAUACUUUCUCGUCGGUCUUACCGAGGAGAUGGAUGAAUUUAUCGAACUGCUCGAACUUUCGCUUUCUCGGCUUUACAAAGGUGCGGUGCAACAUUUUCAAAAGUCAAACAAAUCACACCUACGCAAAACAAAGUCGAAAGUGGAACCGGCACCCGAAACGGUGGCCAAAAUAAAGGAAUCCACCGUGUGGCAGAUGGAGAACGAGCUGUACGAGUUUGCCCGGGAUCAGUUCCAUUUCGUGCAGAAAAAACUACGUACGCCCGGUCGGAAUGUGAUGCAGGAUUUUAUGUACGAGAAGAUUAAACCAAAUCCAAACGGUGGGGCAAAGAACUGAUACAGGACUGGGAGGGAUCCGCACAAGGUGAAGCCUCCCAAACGGCGGCGUUGGGAGAAAACUUGAGCG